UCAGAAAUAGAAAUGCUUAAUAAAAAGGUUGAAGACUUAGAAUCUGAAUUAGAUCUCUAUAAAAUCCUAGUACCAGUCUCUUGCAACUGGUGCUUAAAUAUCCUUUGCACUGUCAUUCAAAGCAGACCGAAGAGCUGGGGGCAGAUGAAGAAUAGCCCAAAACUCAACAGCCCGAAAACUCAACAGCCAAAAAAAAGAUGCAAGACCAUGCCUUUUGCUCAGCUUCUCACUAACAAUGAAUCGUUGUGUUUGUUGAGGGAAGCAGAGGAGGAAGCAGAAAGAACUGCCAAUGAAAAAAGACAAAAAAAAGAAAUGGCCACCUAA